UUAGUUUAGCGAAUUUUAAUCUCUUAUAUAAACCCUUCUUUCUCCUUCUCUUCUUCUUCGUCUUAAUUCUCAAUCUCUUUCUCUCUCUACUUUUUCUCUCUCUAAACAAACAAUCUUUCAUCACCCAACAACCAUGACUGCCUACAGAGGGAAAUACGCUGAUGAGCUCAUUGCCAACGCUGCCUACAUUGCUACCCCUGGAAAGGGUAUUCUUGCGGCUGAUGAGUCAACUGGUACCAUUGGCAAGCGUUUUGCCAGCAUCAAUGUUGAGAAUGUAGAGGACAACAGGAGGGCUCUUCGUGCUCCAUCUUUAACCGAAAGUGGAGUGAUCCUUUUUGAGGAAACUCUCUACCAGAAGACUGCUGCUGGUAAACUUUUCGUUGAUGUUAUGAAGGAAGGUGGUGUCCUUCCCGGAAUCAAGGUUGACAAGGGUACCAUUGAGCUUGCCGGAACCAAUGGUGAGACAACUACUCAGGGUCUUGACAAUCUUGGCAAGCGUUGUGCUGAGUACUAUGCUGCUGGUGCCCGUUUUGCCAAAUGGCGUGCUGUCCUCAAGAUUGGCCCAAAUGAGCCAUCCCCACUUGCCAUCUUGGAGAAUGCUAAUGGUCUUGCUCGUUAUGCCAUCAUCUGUCAGGAAAAUGGAUUGGUCCCCAUUGUUGAGCCUGAGAUCUUGGUUGAUGGAUCCCACGACAUCGACAGGUGUGCUGAGGUUUCUGAGCGUGUGCUUGCUGCUUGCUACAAGUCCCUUAAUGACCACCAUGUCCUUCUCGAGGGUACCCUCUUGAAGCCAAACAUGGUCACCCCUGGUUCAGAUAGCAAGAAGGUUGCCAAUGAUGUGAUCGCUGAAUACACCGUCCGUACUUUGCAGAGGACUGUUCCUCCAGCUGUUCCUGGCAUCAUGUUCUUGUCUGGUGGGCAGAGUGAGGAGGAAGCUACCCUCAACCUGAACGCCAUGAACAAGCUUCAGGCCAAGAAGCCAUGGACUCUGUCCUUCUCAUAUGGCCGUGCCCUUCAGCAAAGUACCCUCAAGGCCUGGUCAGGCAAAGAGGAGAAUGUGUCAAAGGCUCAGGAAGUCUUCCUUGCUAGGGCUAAGGCUAACUCUGAGGCUACUCUUGGUAAGUAUCAAGGUGGUGCUGCAGGAGCUGAUGCCUCUGAGAGCCUUCACGUCAAGGACUACAAGUACUGAGCAAAGUUUUUUUCCUCCCCGUCUCCAUUCCGGCAGCAAAUUCGCGAGUUUUUUCCCCUGGGAAGGGCGCCCUAUUCUUAGAAGCGGUGUGUGCGUUUUUUAGAAUGUUAAUUUAAGUUCACUUGUUUUUUUUAGUUUUGAUGGCUACCAUAAUAAAUUUGUAUGAAUUAGUUUUGUCCUUUUGAAAAGAGGAUCUUAUUGGUUUUAAAAUAUGUGAAAAAAUGUACUCACAAUAUAAAUCAGAGUGACUUCGCUUCUA